CGGGGGAAUGUAUGGUACACGCAGGAGACACCGUUCUGCCUCAGAGUUCAACACUUUCUCCCAUACUCCAUGUCAGAUGCCAACACAACCGACUUCACCAACCCCUCCACCUUCAUCUUGCUGGGCAUUCCUGGCCUGGAGGCAGCCCAUGUCUGGAUCUCCAUCCCCUUCUGUGCCUUGUAUGUCAUAGCCGUCUUGGGGAACUUCACCAUCCUGUUCAUUGUGAAGAUGGAGCCGAGCCUCCAUGGGCCCAUGUACUAUUUCGUCUGCAUGCUGGCCGUCGCUGACCUGGGCCUGUCCACGUCCACCCUGCCUAAAAUGCUGAGCAUCUUCUGGUUCAAUUCCAGAGAGAUCAAUUUUAGUGCCUGCCUCACCCAGAUGUACUUCAUUCACUGUGUCUCAGUGAUGGAGUCUGGGAUCUUUGUGGCCAUGGCUCUGGAUCGCUACGUGGCCAUCUGUGAUCCCCUGAGACAUUCCACCAUCCUGACAAACCCAGUGGUAGCCAAGAUAGGCCUGGUCGUGGUGCUGCGUGGUGGCAUGCUCGUACUGCCCUAUCCCUUCCUGGUGAGGCGCUGGCCAUAUUGCAGAACCAACAUCAUCCCCCACACGUACUGCGAGCACAUGGCCGUGGUGAAUUUGGCCUGCGCUGACAUCCGUGUCAAUAGUUACUACGGCCUUUUUCUGGCCUUCUUUCUGUCCAGUCUGGAUGUGUGUUUUAUUGCUGUGUCCUAUACCCAGAUCCUCAGGGCCAUCUUCAGCCUCCCCACAAAGGACGCCCGGCUCAAGACUUUUCGGACCUGUGGCUCCCACCUUUUUGUCAUCUUAGCCUCUUACAUCCCAGCUCUCUUCUCCUUCCUCACACACCGGUUUGGCCACAAUGUGCCCCUGCAUUUCCACAUUCUCAUUGCCAACAUGUACCUCCUUGUGCCCCCCAUGCUGAACCCCAUCAUCUACGGGGUGAGGACCAAACAGAUCCGGGACAGGCUGCUCCGUCUCUUUACUCAUAAAGGGACCUAA